AUGGAUCCGCAGCAGCAACCGAAUCGACCUCACCAUCUCCUUACCGACAAUAGUUCACCCCUCACCUCCUCCGUUCCCUCUAGGACUGCGAAUAGCACUCCGAUUUCUUCCCCGGGCUUGUUUAGUCCUACGAAUUCUCGUCCCAAUGUCUUCUCGCAUUCUGCCUCCGAAUCUUCUACGCCGAUGGCUGCCACAGCCAGUCCUUAUCUGCACCCCCUGCAGACUCAUAGAGUUCGAGAGACACACAAAGCUCUCGUUGACAUGGACUUGAUGACGGGACGAAAGAUUAUUAAUCAGUAUGAAGUAAUAGAAGAACUUGGCCGGGGCGUACACGGUAAAGUGAAAUUAGCUCGAAAUCUGGAGACGGGCGAUAAUGUCGCGAUCAAAAUUAUUCCCAGGUUUUCUAAGAAGCGCCGUUUGGGUAAAGUGACCGCCUGCCCCCAAGACAAGACGAAAAGGGAGAUUGCUAUACUGAAAAAGAUCCGCCAUCCCAACAUCGUCGCCCUUCUCGAAAUCAUCGACGACCCCGAGUUUAAGAAGAUCUACAUGGUCCUGGAACACGUUGAACUCGGAGAAGUUGUUUGGCGAAAGAAAGGUUUACCUCACAUCUGCAGCAUUGAGAGGCGAAGAAUCGAGAAAGAAGUUCGAGGUGAAUUGAGCACUGAAGAGGAAGAGCGGUAUAUUCAGCUCCUCGAAAGACGGCAGGCUCUCAAUGACGUGAAAAGGGCGAAGAUGAUGCAGACUCAGAAGGGCCCAGCGGAUUUCUGGAGUAUCGAGUACGGUGCCGCGAACGAUGACGACUCCGAGGGUCAACCCCGCUCAUUAGGGAGGGCAGGAAGCGAGCUUAUCCGUUCACACAGAAUAGCCUCUUCUAGAACCGGAUCAAGAGCCACAUCUCCGACUCGUUCGCAAACUACUCAUUCCGCGCCCUCGGGUUCUCAUGCGGGUACACCAUUGCCCUCCGAAUACGAUGCCUCGUCGGUUGGCAGGGGUGUAGAUGCGGAAAGUGAUAUCGAGACUCCGGGGCCUUUGCGUUCUCAGUCCGGAUCAUCAGCUGCCCUGAAUAGGACCCUUACUUCGGCGUUCCCCGAGGACGCUAUGUUCCGUGGCCGAUCUCCGAGCAUGGCUGAUUCGAUCAUCUCCCAUAUGUCAUCGGUCGACUACAAUCCACUACCGCAUGACCCUUUUGCAGACGACUACUCCUAUGUUCCUUGCUUCACAAUCGACGAUGCCCGUGCCACCUUUAGGGAUACUGUGUUGGGCUUGGAGUACUUACACUAUGAAGGGGUAGUCCAUCGCGAUAUCAAGCCGGCUAAUCUCUUAUGGACUCGAGAGCAUCGGGUCAAAAUCUCCGAUUUCGGUGUUUCCUAUUUCGGUCGACCCAUCCGUGAGGGUGAAUCCGAUGAGCUCGUGUCGGAAUCCGAGGCCCGCGACUUCGACGACGACCUUGAAUUAGCCAAGACUGUUGGCACGCCUGCUUUCUUUGCGCCGGAGCUAUGUUACUCGGACCCGGACGAAAAGCAGCCAAAAAUCUCGGAGCAGAUUGACGUAUGGUCUUUGGGAGUGACACUUUACUGUCUUAUCUUCGCCCGCAUUCCAUUCUUGGCCGAGGAUGAAUACCAGAUGUUUCAUAAGAUUGCCAAGGAGGAAGUGUAUAUACCACGCCGCCGACUAAAGCCGGUUGAUCCACAUCAUUCUCCAUCAUCUACGUCUUUUUACAAGCGCGUUAACGACGAGCCGUACCGUGAUGAUAGUGUCCUUGCGUAUGAAGAGAUCGACGAUUUGUUAUACGACCUCUUACACCGCAUGCUGACUAAGAAUCCAGAGAAACGGAUCCGGCUAAGGGAGGUGAAGCGCCAUCCCUGGGUCGUGCAAGAUAUUCCUAACCUUAUAGCGUGGAUUGACGAGACAGACCCUUCACGCCGUACUUCAGGUCGGAAAAUUGAGGUCGACGAACGAGAAAUUACUCGUGCUGUUGUUCCUCUUACAUUUUUGGAAAGGGCACGAUCGGUUGUGAAGAAGACCAUCGGCAAGGUUAUGCAUCCGCGCACUGAGAAGACCGAAGGCCAUUCGAGGAGAAGGGCGGCUAGCAGUGCUGCUAGUUCUGCGGGAGAUACACCCCCAACUAUAGGAUCGACAUCGCACAUCCGAGACGCUCGCCGAAAGAGUUUACGCCCCGACGACUAUUUUGCUACAGUUCGAGAAAGCGAUCACCCCUUAUCGCAGAGUGUUACUGCAACUCCUCACGAGUCUCCGGCCCAUGAUGGACCAGAUUCUGCCCAACGUGGGACGGCUUUGGUAGGCGGAGAUUUUAGACGCAAUCUGAGCGACUCUAUCAGCGAUUUUAACGCGCAACCAGAUCUGGCAGGACCGCCGUCGACCUCGACUUCUUUCUCGUCAAUCAAGGGCCAUCUAAGUCACCGCCACGGCCGAACAAGAUCGAUUACUAACGCAAUACUCGCUCUCGCAUCCGUAAGAGACCCAUAUACCACACCGAACUCGCCUGCGCUUGAAACCUGUAUUAGAGAUGAUCCAAUCGCUGCCUUACGGAAGACCCGAGAUAUCGGCUCGACGGACGAAUCGUCCCGAUCAAGGUCAGUCGAUCGUGGCUUGUUUGGCUGCAAUGAUAAACGCGCGGAGGCCAAGGUUGCUUUAAGCACAGCUGUAGCUCCGGGUAGUAUGGAGCUUCCCCGGCGCCCCCUUUCGGUUCAUCCCCCGGAGCCCAAAUCAUAUACGUUUCACCGGGGAAAUGCCUUAGCUUCCCCCAUGUUCUUUUCUUCCAGAGCGGUCGGUGCCUAUCAGCAUGGACAACCAAAUUCAGACCCCAAUAUGCAUGAAAGCCACAUGGGUACCGUAGAGUUAGAGACGCGGCCUAUGACUGCCCGUCGGGCCACAGAGGUGGAAAGCCACACCCCUCCGCCUAAGAUAUACAACCCAUCCACUCCAGACUCCUUCAAUCAAAUUCAUGAACAUACCAUACGCCGUCGCCGACAUGAAAUGGAAGGUCAUUUAAAGCGUGACGAAUUUGGACCUCACGAAGAAGAUGGUACGCCGGUUUUUUAUCCGUCUCAAGAAGAGCUUGAUCUGGACCAUGCACAGCCACCGUCCAGGGCAGAUACUGGGACCGUCACGACAUCAGCAUCGGCUUCCACUGGCACGCUGAUGACUCCAUUGACCAGUCCAAGUGAAUCGGCGAGUCCAGUUGGCUUAGGAAGUCCGCCAGACCGGAUUGAAAAUUUGCCAGUUUUCCGUUCAGACCCAUCGCUGCCGGCGCUGCUCAGCGGUGCUAGCUCGAUUUCUGCUGACGCCGAAGGAGAAUUUCUUUUGAGACCUGGCUCCGUCGACCGCCCCUCGCUUAUUGACACCACAGACUCGCUAACACCACCCGCUAUUAUCAAGGAGCCGAUCUCAGGUUUUCCCUUGGACGACGAUGAACAAUUCCACACAUUAUUACUUCCUCAACCACAUCGCACCUUAGCCACAUCGUCUCUCCUCACCACGAGGGCAGUCGAUGAUGACGACGGCAGCGACAGCGAUGAAGGUCUCGUCAUGAAGCCUAAGAAGCGAAAUUCUGGCAAAGACCACACCAGUUCCCCACGAGGAAGAACGCUAUCAAGCCCAAAGAGGCGCGAUACACAAACAAGUAUCAGUAGCACAGGAACAGCCAAGAAGAUAUUCGUGCAAAGCCGAUAAAGGUUGAUAUGACACUGGGGCGUUGAUGCCUCUACACAAGCGCAUCAGGGUAAUAAUUAUUUACUACAUAAUUACCUACCCUCUUAUAUGAAAUACGUUGGCACGUAUCGAGCCAAUCCACUUGUAUGUCAGACGCGAAAAAUAGCCGCCACUAAGAGCGAUAUGCUCAAAAGGCCAAGCUUUUCGCUACGAAUACAGUUGAAGAUGAACGAACGGCGAAUAUUCGUACGAAAUCUAGUUUCAUCUAAUUGAUAUUUUUUUUUUAAUCAAACAUGACCCAAAGCCUCGACGAACUACGUCGUAACUAGGGAUCGGGGCGGUCUGUUUAUGUUACGUUGGAAGGAACAAUCACCUCUCUUUUUUUAAGGAGAAAAUGUAUAACAUACGAAUUUUUAUUGCUUUGGGAUGGUUUAUGGGUGCGACAUUGAUGG